CCAAUCGACCCCAUCCCCCACGGUUCGCUUGACGAGCUGUUACGGAGUCUCGUGCUGAGCUCGCUUUCAAUUGUAGUUGCAUGCAAAGUGGUCGUACGCACGUUUUAAACAACGUUAAGGAAAGAGUGAGAGAACAGCACCAGGGCGCGAGGGAAACAUAAGGAAAAUGAGAGGGCGGAAAACUUAAGGCUAAGUCUACAGAAAAAGCGAAAUUAGUUAUUCUGUCUUUAUACUUGUGUAUAUCUUUCGAUAACAAUGUUAGUAAGUCCUUCCAGCCACAAAUUAGGUUCGCUAAGCAAGAAGUUUGAUAAUUAUGCCGAUAGCCUGUGUCCCUGCAAAUCAAGAUACGCAUCAAAGUGAAGUAGUAUUGAAGUGAAGAGAGCCACAAGGAUAGUAUUUUUCAUUUUCUCAGUGACAGGUUAUGGGAAAAUAAUCGCAUUUGUUUUGUGCCGUUGGAUCUGAUUCUCUGACUGUGAUGAUAUUUCUUGUUUACAGACCAAUGACCGACGGGAUCUUCAAAAUUAUUCUUUUUGUCAUUUGUUGUUCGUGGCAUGAAGGAGUUUAUCCUCCACGUGUUUUAUCAGCGAUCCCAAAAUCUGGGAUUCCCGACAAUAUUGAGGGGCCAAGAUUUGUAGACGAACCACCAGGAAAUGUGAUAUUUGUUAACACAACAGGUUCAGUGAUUACAUGUGGAGCCACUGGUCAGCCACGUCCGGAAGUGGAAUGGAUUGUUCGUGAUGGAAAGCCAGUUGUUUCAGUUCCAGUUACGCGAGAGGUACGACAUGACGGUUCUCUGGUGUUUCCUCCUUUUCCACCAGAAGAGUUUCGUCCUGAUGUCCACGAUACUGUUUACAGAUGCAGAGCCAGCAACACAUUUGGGACUAUAGGUAGUAGAGAAGUUAAAGUUCGAGCAGUUACCAAGACAGCUUACAAUAUCAGAGUCUAUGAUAAAACUGUUGUCGUGGGAAACACUGCAGUGCUGAAUUGCUAUGUUCCACCUUCGAUGUCUGAAUAUGUCCAGGUGACCUCAUGGAUCACAGAUGAUAACAUAAAGAACGCUACUGUGUCGACUUUUAGUUCAGCAGGCAAAUACAUUAUUUAUCCCAACGGUGAUCUGCACAUCCACCAUGUGACGCCCGAAGAUGGCAAAAAAUCGUACGGAUGUAGAUCAAAAAAUAUUCUGACGGAAGAAAUAAAAAUAAGUGAUAAUUUUGCCAAGAUAAUUAUUAUAGAUCCGAAGGAAGACAUUGCUCCCAGUGUUACAUCACGUAAACAGCAGGUGUCUGUUCAAAGCGGAGAAAUAGUUUUUCUUCCUUGUGCUGCUCAGAGUCAUCCACUUCCAACAUAUAACUGGUUUAAAAUGAAAGGGUCACAGCGAGUCAGAAUUCGCUCUUGGCCAAGAAUUCAACGACAUCAUGGAAGUUUAAGAAUAGACCACGUCCAGCUGGACGACGAAGGACGGUAUCUCUGUAUGGUGAACAAUACUUUAGGCGGAGACUACUCUCAAGUAGAGUUGAACGUGUUAGUUCAUCUACAAGUUCGGAUAGAGCCUCAUUCCUUGGUUGUUCUUAGUGGAGGAGUAGCCACACUCACAUGUAGCAUUGUAGGACAUCCAAUCGACUCGAUUGUUUGGACAAAAAACUUUCGCCCUCUGGUGGCAAAUAGGAGAGUUAAUCUUCAAGGAAGGAAUGUGCUUUAUAUAAACUCGGUAAACAAGGAAGACCAAGGAAUGUAUCAGUGCUUUGUUUACAGUCGCGGAGACAGUCAACAGGCUACAGCCCAGUUAGUAGUUGGAGCAAAAACUACAUUUGCAGAUGUUCCACCAGUUUUUCAUCAGACUUUUCCAGAAAAGAAAGUUCAUCCUGGAGUUUCGGUUUCCAUGUUCUGUAAAACUUCCGGUCAUCCUUCUCCGGAAGUGAUAUGGUUCGUUGACGGGCAAGCAGUUCCGAACUUCGGUCGAUUUUUUAACGAAACUAUUGUGAGAAACGAUGGAAUGGUUGUUAGUUACCUGAACAUCAGCAAUGUACGCGUCCAAGAUGGAGGUGUGUACCAGUGUAAAGUAUCCAAUCCUGUUGGUUCAGUGACUCACAGUAACAGACUUGAUAUAUACGGAUCGCCGUUUGUUCGUCCUAUGGGCAACGUUUCGGUUGUGGAGGGACAACGGCUAUCUAUACGCUGCCCAGUGUCUGGUUAUCCUAUCCACAGUAUAACUUGGGAAAAAGGAGGAAUUCAACUCCCUGUCACCAGUAAACAGCAGGUCUUUCCAAAUGGUACAUUAGUUAUCCACCAGGUGAGGGAUUCUGACCAAGGAAGAUACAGGUGCAUAGCUAGAAACCUUGAGGGCGCUUCAGAUCACCAAACUGUAAACGUCAGUGUCAUAACCCUACCACAAAUUAUUCCUUUCGACCUGCCAGCUCGCGUGAGAGAGGAUUCUACGAUAGUCCUUACGUGUUCCAUCAACAAAGGCGAUCCACCAUUUGAAAUGGAAUGGCUAAGAAAUGGUCGCCAACUGCCGGCGGAACUGGGUGUUACGGUGCAGAAACACAAGAAAUUUACAAUUUUAGCUUUAAAUGAUGUUAAACCUCAGCAUGGUGGGAAUUACACGUGUGUUGUUUCAAAUGCUGGAGGAACAGCAACUCAUAGCACCAUCUUAAGUGUUGAUACGCCACCACGAUGGAAGAUAGAACCCUUAAACACAUCGGUGGUUCUAGGAAACAUGGUUACCAUUGACUGUUCAGCAGAAGGAUCGCCACGCCCGAUCGAAACGUGGAAGAAAGCUUCAGGCAGUUCUCCGAAGGAUUUUGUCCCAGUUUAUAACAGUCAGCAUUAUAUCAUUUACGGAAAUGGAUCCCUAACUAUUAGAAAUGCUGUCAGAGAGACUGGAGGUUAUUACUUAUGUCAGGCCAGCAAUAACGUUGGGGGAGACCUUAGCAAACUGAUAACUGUGAUAGUUCACGCACCCCCGCGAGUUCAUGUUCAACAACCAUUGUACACAGUCCCUCUUGGAAACAAGGUGGAACUCACAUGCGUUGCUAAAGGUGACCUUCCGAUGGAUAUUCAGUGGACCAAAGGUAGCGAACAAGACGUGCUGCAGCCAAAUGGAAAGUAUAUUUUUGAAGAAAAGACAGAGAAGAACUCUGUAAAGUCAGUUUUGUUUAUUGCUGAAACUGAUCGCAAUGACACUGACAGAUUUAACUGCCACGUGACAAACAAAUACGGUAACAUCACAGCUAAUUUCCAGGUAAUUGUACAAGAGGCACCGAAAGCUCCUUUGGAUCUCAGAAUCAUGUCAAAGACUGGAAGAACAAUAACUAUAAAAUGGAACGAGCCUCAAAACGGCCAUAGUCUCAUCACAGGGUAUCAUGUACAGUACCAGCAACAAGAUUCGAAUAAUUGGGAGAUACUUACUCUACCACCUGGUAAAAACACAGCUGUCAUUGAAAACCUACUUCCGGCGAAUGUAUAUAACUUUCAAGUUGCUGCAGAGAAUUCCAUUGGACGUAGUAACUUCAGCUUAAUUUAUACGGAAGAAACCGAUGAAGAAGUGCCUGGAGCGCCACCUCUAAACGUUAACGCUGACGCAACAGGACCGAACUCUAUCAAGGUAACAUGGGAGCCUCCACGUCAGGAACUUUGGAAUGGCCCAAUAAAGGGAUAUUAUAUCGGAUACACCAUGGUAACAUCAUCAGAGCCAGCGAUGUUCAAGAUGGUCGAACUGAAAGGAGACGACACGGACCUAGAGACUCACUUAACAAACUUGCGUCGUUCCCAGCGAUAUUCUGUGUCGGUCCAAGCAUUCAACAGUAAAGGUGCUGGUCCGAUGUCCGAGCAGAUUACAGUUCAGACUCUUGCUGAUGUACCGCCUACGGCUCCACACAUAACAGUUGUGUCGAAGACAACGACAUCUAUCACAUUCAGCUGGACUCAUCGAAGAACAUUUGGUAGCCCAGUGAGAGAAUACGUGCUAUAUUAUCGUGAAGAACAUAAGAAUUGGAUCGAGAAUCCUAUCAGAUCCAAGCCUGAUGAUCACAUUUAUACGCUCAGCGGACUCGAAUGUGGCACCAAGUAUCAGCUGUAUAUGGUGUCUACCAAUAGCGUCGGGAGAAGUGAGCCUAGUGAGAUUAUAUCUGCACGGACAGAUGGAGCUGCUCCUUUGUCUCCACCAAGAGAGGACUUUAUUCAUCGUGACAUCACUUCUGUUAAGCUUAAUUUAUUCUCUUGGCAAACUGGUGGUUGUCCAAUUAAAGAAUAUUCCAUAAAGCUCCGGAGAAAACCCAUGUCACAUUGGGCAGUGCUGACAGAUCACGUGCCUUUUAGCCAAUCACAGCAUUUAUUACAAGGUCUUUCACCAGGAACGUGGUAUGACCUUCAAGUAACCGCAUACAGCAGUGCAGGGGCAACAGAAGCUAUGUAUGAGUUUCAAACUUUUAAUGUUACGUUCGAAGAGGCUGUCCCAGACAUCAACAUGAUCAUACCUACACCUUCAGAUAUAGAAUCUCAUUUCCCUUUUCUUCUGGAUAUCACGAUCGUUGUUCCUGUCGUCACUUCUGUUGUCAUCGUCAUCAUCAUUAUCGUCGUAGGUUGCGUCUUAUGUCGGCGUCGUAAUUCUCAUUACAGUCCUAGUAGUGAUGGCUCCGGGAGCUCACAAUCCAAAAUUAGGCGUGGAGGUGAAAUAAUGGUUCUGAAAGAAAUAGAUGGUUCAAAUGAGCAUGGUUGUAUGGCGGGAGGAAUAUCAAGCGAUGAAGGAACUCAGAGAUCGUCAUCUUCAAAUAGCCAUUCUCGUCCUAUUUCAUCAGCUCUUCUUGGUGGUGGUGGUCUGUCACGCGAACAGGAACUUCAUCCUUAUGCUUUGCCCUAUGACACAAUAGCUGUACCAGAAUUCCACGUCAGUCAACCAAGCACAUCUGCAUCCCACACUCUCAAUCGACGAUGUGGCGACGCGAGAGGAGACAACAUCUACGUAAGCAGGCAGUGCCGUCCUGAUCGACCCUAUGAGGCACUGAAGCCCGAUGUCCUGCCGCCUUCAACAUCGAGACCUUUUGUCUGCGGAAGGAUACGUAAAGAAUCAGACUGGUCAUCAUAUACAUAAUUUUUUCAAAGUGUGAUUCUUGAUCUAUGAAAAUAUAUAUUUCCUUUUACUUAUUUCACUUGCUCCCUUGUUAUGUGGAUCCAAGAAUUCAUUAUAUGUUGUUUUAUUAUUUUUUAAUUAAUAUUGUGUGUACUUCAAUAGAUUAUAUUUGCUAGUCUUACAAGGUUUCGCUGACACCUCACGUUAUAUUUAAGAUAUAAAUCAAUAUGCCACAGUUUCAAAAUUUUCUUAUAAAUUAACUCUAUGAAAAAUAGUGCUAACAAAAAAGAUUUAGUAAAAGAAAUAAAAAAAAGUUUAAACAAUGCAUUUCUAACAGAAGAUGGUCAGCCGUGGCAUGGUGGUUAGCGUGCCGAGCUGUGAAUCUGAAGGUCUAAGGUAAGAGUAGCGAUAUCUUGCUGAACACAUUCAUCACAUUCAACUUUUUUGGGGCUCUAUAUUUAUGACAGACAGUUUCGCUAUUUCGUUAAGAGUAGCCAUGUAGUAGGCCAGUGCUAUUGACUGGUAGUUUUCCUUCUAGUAAGCACUUCUAAAUUAUGGAUAGUUAUAUUUAUUAAAUAUUUGCGUGUCUUGACUGGAUGUUUUGCCAAAUGCCGUAUAUUUGACAAAUUUUUGAUAAAUAAAUAAAUGCUCGUUGUAAAUAAUAUUAUCAUGAUGAAUGCGCGAAAAUGCUGUUAGCUGUUUUGAAAACGCCAUUUCACCUAUUUAAUGAAAACAAAAUGCUCGUAUUUUUUAUACUUCUUGAGACGUCAAGCGUUUACUUGAUUGCCGAAAUUAUACUUAAAAUGUAAGAAUUUAUUCCAUACCUCAAAGUCUUGAUCAUCUUUUGAUACGUUUAGUUAAUGUAAUUUAUAUUGAAUUCUCAAUAACUGUAAUAAAACUCCUUUUCUUGAACAAAAUAUUAAACUUCUUAUGAUAGCAUUUUUACAAAUUGUUCAGUAUUUGAACAACAUUAAUUUAACACUAAGGAAAUAUUAACAGUAUUUAUAGCCGUAAUUACAUAGCCGCGCCUGUAACAAAAUAAAUGAAUGUUUAUGUCUGUAACACCUGAUUUAAUCUCGUGUAUUUACAAUAUUCGUCUACAACUCGAUAAAUUUCCCAUAUGCUACAUUUGAUAGCGAAGAUUCUUAUUAUUCAUUCCAAAUUACAAAUAUUAAGAUUUGUAUGAUACAAUGAAUUAUGUUCUUGAAUGAAGAGAAGAAAUGUUCAAAAUGUAAAGAUAAAGCUGUUUAAAUUUAUCGUGAAUAUUAAUGUCAAUAUAAUGCCUUCAUUCGAAAUGCACAGUGAGCAGUAGUGGUUACUGUGUUGGGCUGUGGAUUGUCCCAUUUAUGACGCGCCCACAUCUCAGAAAUUUGCUGAUCGUGUUCAGUAGCAUCACGUCUCGAACCCUAGACCUUUUAAUCCAUACCCCGCUUUUAAAGCUAACUACUAGGUCACACUCGGCCUGAAAGCUAUUAUUAGUACCAAGUAUGAGCAUAUAUACUACGAUUAGUGUCGUUCGUUACAUCCAUUUUUUUUCUGACAACCCAAAUCAAACUGGUGAUGUUUAUUAGGUUAUGAUUCAACUAAGAUCGUGCGUUAAUGUUUUUUUUUUCACUACUCUAACGAAUCAAUACAAUCGAAUGUGUUUAGUGUUACUAGUGACGAAUGAUUUUAAGUUGUAAAAUCAAGUUUUUGUACGUUCUUGUAUUUUUCAUGUAGUUUUUGAUUGGACGUUUUCUUCCUCUUGAAAAUUUUAAUAGCCUAAGAGAGUAAUGUCUUAUAAACACAAUGUUAUAGAUCUUGCAAGUUUACUUAAAUGUUUACUAGGAUAUUCAAGGUACGUGUAAGUGUGCUUUUAAGUGUCACAUAAACCAUUGGCUUCUGUAUAAUACUGUACAUUCGGUUUUAGUGAAAAUUUUAGAGCAAAACCUAAAGUUAUUGUAACAAAAUUGAAAUAUUAUUUCGUGAUGCACGCUCAAAUUUCUCAAAAGGUUAUUUUUCACAUAUAAUCAACAUUUCCGAAAUUACGAAUUUAGAAUAAAACUGAAAAUAUCUAGUUUUAUGGAGUGUUACGUAUUAAGAUUUCAAAUGGCCUUAAAUUUAAUUAAAUGAUACUUUAAAUUAGU